GCAGCACACCACACCCCCGCCGGCGCUGAGCCCCAGCCUGGACAGCCGGUGCUGCUCAGCUCCAGCCCUGCCGCUGCCAUAGGCGUCCCUCCUCCUCUUCCCAAGGAGCCCUGAUGAUUUCAGGUUGCUUGGCAUCACCUCCCGGGGGCAGCUGGCGUCCGCAGCGUGUGUCAGAGCAGCCUGGCGCACGUUCGGUUUCACAACGUGCUGCCUGCAGAACGCGCUGGCUCCCCGAAGGGAUCGGCUGUGGUUUCGUGUUUCAUUUCCCUCGCACGCUACACCCGAAUUCCAGACGCUCUCUGGCUUCGCUGCUGCAUGGACUCUGGUCCUUCGCCGUACCCAGCGGAGGCAGAGGGGGCUUCCCUCGGCUCCAGGGAGUGGACCAUGAAGACGUCAAUUGUAUUCUUGCUUUGCAUCUCAGUUUUCCCAGGCUUUUCCCAGGGCAGAGUUGUCAGAGAGGAUGAAACUGGUUUUGCCGAAUGUAACGUGUUCUUCCCUGGACAAGUCCCACCCGAAGGAUUUACGGAGCCGUUCCAUGUGAAAAUCUGUCAGCAGUACAACAAAGAGCCACGCUUUGCAACCCUCUACAGUACUAAGGACAAAAUCCCUCUUUAUUCAGCUUUUAAGUUUACAAAGCCAGCUCAAAGUGAGGAGGAGAGCUGGCUGGUUGAGCCACAGAUAGAUGAUCCAGAAAAUGACUUGCAUGAAAUGGUUCAUGAAGCCAAUAUUGGUGGCACUGUGGCCAACCUUGGUGCAAAUCAAGCCCUGACCUCAGACUACGUGGGCUCUGGCUACGAGAGAGGCCUUCUCAAUCCCAGUUUGCUUAAUGAGGAGGAUUUCCAGGUGGCUACUUACACACUCACAAAUGCUGUCCCUCUGAGCCCAGCUCUGAGCAAAAGCUGGCACAGAGACAUUGGGAAGGUUGUGGAGCAAGCUCUGAUCCCUCACUGUUCCAAGAUGGAUCAUCUAUAUCUCCUUGCAGGUGCAAUUCCUUCCAGUGUCCAAGUUAAAGGCAAGGUGUCAGUGCCAGAGAGCCUUUGGCUAGCAGCCUGCUGUGAUGCUCCAGAGGGAUGGUCCCUGGGAUUAGUGAAAAAAAUCAAUGAUGAAAACAGCUUGGCAGACCUCACGGUGAGAGAACUGGAGAAGCAGCUUCUACCAGGAGUUCACUUGUUCAAGGGCAGCUGUGGGGAAGACAAACAAACCCAGGAGAAAAGAGAAGCAGUAUUGCAAGUUGUCAGUCAGAUCCGCUCUGGAGAGCAAGUAGGAACAAGUAACAACCAAGAGACCAAAGAAAGUGGCUGGGUGAGAAGAGUGGCUGGCAUCAUUGCUACCCCUUUCAUCAAACUUCUGGAACUCCUCAUCUACAUCUUUGUGGAACUGGUGAAGUUUGUGUUUUAUAUUCUGUGGCUUAUUGUAAAGCGAGUUGUUGGUACAAUUCUGGAUGGAGUCUACAGCCUGUGGAAUGGGAUGGUGUCCUACCUUAAAGCUGUCAGCAUGGUGCUCAUCAGCAUCCCCUAUGAUGUUGGGAGGGUCAUCAUCAACAUCUUCCUGGGCUUCCUGCAAAUUGUUCAAGAUGUGCUGUCCCUCACCUACAGGAUCCUGAGCAUCCCCGUGGGGUUCGUCCUUCACCUUGCUGCUUUCCCUUACCACUCCAUCUGUGCCAUUCCUUCUGUCCUAAAAGACAUGGCCACUGGGAUUGGGGGCACCUUCUCACUGGUCAUCGAUGCCACAGCCACGGUUCUGCAUGGUUUCUAUUACCUAGCUGGUCACAUCGUCAAACGGUUUGUCCCUAAAGGCUCUUCUGACGACUGAUAGGGACAGAAACCAAGGCUGCAAACACACGGAAUGAAGGAGGAGUGGGGCAAUGCUUUAAGAUAUGUGGCCAAAUGCUGUCAAUUUCAUUCUGGUAUUUAUUGUAGUGACAUUAAUAACAAUGAACUGACUGGGGAAUAACAAGGAGGGCCAAGGCAAUGUCGCUCGGGGCCUCCACCACUGUAACUCGAGUUCUGUCUGUUGUAAAAUGUUCUGGUUUUAUCGGCACAGACCACAAAGCUUCUGUGAUUUGCAGGUGUCAAGAUGCUUCCUCUGGGAAAUGCACAUUAACUGUGGUAGGAGGUACUUUCUUUCUGGCUAUGAUGACACUGAGGCUUAUGCAGCGGCAGUGAGCUCUGCAGAAACCCACCCCUACCAAGGAGCAGGUGGUGGUGGUGGUUAGGGGAGGACAUGAGUUACAGAAGGUUGCUGGGACUUGGUAAAAGGAGAGGGAGGCAAGGGUGCAAGGACUUGGGACUGGGAAACAGCAGGGAGCAGGGUAGAAUGGGAGCAAGGUCCUGCUGUUGGCUGCAUUGCCUAUUUCUUUGGUGUCCCACUGGUGGAGGGGAUGGAGCUGGAUAUAUCUCAUAGUCUUCAGGCCUUUCCAGAUACCUGAAAUUGCAUGGGUCUUGCUGCAAGGAAAGACCACUGCCCAUUUUUUUUGCAUGGUGGGAAAGCAUUUUUUUCUUAGCCAUACCAAGGUUAUCUUCUCCCAGUCCUUCCCUGUUGUCUGGUGACCACUGAAGGUCAGAGCCCUGAAUCUUCAAGAUGUGGUGUUCUCUGAAGGUCUAAGCCCAUGAAUGGCUUAGCCCUGAAGCCCUUGUGUCUGCUCCAAUGCCUAGCAGAUCUGAGAGUUGCACUUUUGGAUUCAAAUCUGUUGUCACCUGCCUUGUCUCCCUUGAGAGCUGACUGUUGCUGAAGCACACAGGGGACUAUGGACUGUCAGGUGGGAGGAGAGGCAGGAGGGAUCCUGGGCUGCAGCACUUGCUUUGCUGUGUGAAGACCCACCUGGUGAGCCCAUGCACAGAGACACUAAUGUCAGAGGUGGAACUAACUCCUCUUCUGCACUGCUCUUCCUCUCUGCUCACUCUUCACCCCUUCUCCCCUCUGCCACCAUGAGCCAUGUCCCCCAACACCUGCAGUGCUGGAGCUGGGGCACACAUCAGGGCUUUGCAGGGGAGCAGCAAGUGUUUCCAGCCAGAUGAGGGGCACAAAGACAUCUGCCACUGCUGGAGAAGGGCAUAGGAAUGCUGCCCUUCCCUGGGACUUAGCUCAGCAAGGGGCUUUGGAUCUCUUGGUGCAGUUGCCUGCAAGAGGGAGGCUUCCUGUCUCAGCAGCAUUUACUUUGGCUGGACUCCAAGAGGCAUUUGGGAGUCCUACAUGCAUGGCUCCUUCCUUUCACCCCCAUCUGUGUCUCUCCCUGCAGUGCUAGCUUGGUGUGGACCCCUGAUCUACCAUAGCAUCCCAUAAUGAGUCCCAGGAGUGAGCAAGCUGAUGGUGGUGCUGUGUUGAUGGUGGCCUGUCCUGGGCUGAAGAAAACUCUGUUACUAACAUGGCAGCUUUGCCUCUCUGCAUCAUGUAGCCUGCAGCAAGGCUGAGCUGGCAUGGAUGGAUUCAGAGGGAAAAUGAGAUUUGGCUGGUUCAUGAUGGGACAGAGUUGUUUCUUUAGCUCAGGGGCUGUGCUCAAUGCAACCAGAUGUGUGUGCACAUCCCAGCCCAGCACACCCUGGCCAGGUGGCACCCUGUUCAGCAGUGAUGCAAAUGGCAAAGCUGGGGAAGCCAACAAUGGUGACAAAGUGGGGAAGCAGUGGCAUGAGUAGAAAGAGAGGAUGACUCCCUGUCUCAUCCUUCAUGGGCCACUGCUGGUUUAUGGAGAAAGACAGGCUGUAUGCAAGCAGAACUGGCUUUGUUCAAAAGGAAAGGCAGGUUUUGUGUACCAGUAUGGGUUGCAGGAUUAUAGCUGGGUAAAGUCAGUGGUGUUUUGCUAUAGGAAUGUUAGGUGCAAGGGGCAAGGUCACUGUUCCUAACAGGCAGAGAGCAGCCAGUGGAUGCUCUCCAAACGACCUCUGCAUAUUUGCACACUCAAACAUGCCUGGUGUGCUGUCAAGACAAAUGUGGAGCUGAUUUCUCACUCCUUCAUGAGACCCUGUCUCAAUCCUGGUACUCCUCUAGGGCUACAUGGCAGCUGUCAAGGCAGGAAAGAAGCCAGCUCAAGCUCAGGGGAUACUAGGAUGGGGUGACAGGGGCCCAGGAUCCCCAGCAGCCUCUGAAGGCACGUAUGAUAGCAGCAGCUCUCAAGUACAGCCCAAGCACCGGUGAGACAGGGUAGCUGCCCCCCACGGCUGUAUUGCACCUUCUGUGUGGCCUUAUCUCUGACCCUGCUUAGCUGUGUGGCACUGCAUAGCAGCCAGCCAUGCACUUUCUGGGGCUCUGUACCCAGAGCAGCUUCCCUACACCCGAACCCAGCAGCCCCUGCAUCCCAGGUCCACCAGCAUCCCCGGUGCAGCUUUGCAGUCUCAGUGAUGUGGGAGCUCAUGUGCUGAUAAGCAGCAAAGCUGAGGCACCCAGGAGGUCUGCACUGUCAAUUUGCCACCACCCUUUCUACCCCACCUAGCUCAGGCCAGUAUGUCUCUGCUGCAGCCAUGACUUCUGACAGCAAGGGGACAGUCCUUGAAAUCUGAGGCACUGCAGCUCUAUAGGAUUUGGGCAGAUGUGCAACAGUAUUAUUAAAAUUGUCUUAACCUGCUCAGAUUUUAAAUACUAAGAACAGUAGCUGGCAUUUCUCUUCUGUGCUGCGUGUCUGAGCAGGCAGUGGGAAAUCUGCCUUGAACGUCCUGCAAUUACCACAGAACAAGCUACAUCCUGCAAAAAAACCACUGUUUGAGAUUCUUCUUAUCUAGGCAUGAUUUAUAGCUCCUGAGCUUUACUCUAUCCUUGGAAACGUAUGGCUUCAACAAAAUAAAAUGACUUUUCCUAA